GAAAGAUAAGUGCCAAAUUUUUAGUCCUAACAAAAAACUUGUACUCAUUUUCAAUUAACUCCGCCCCCAGAGUCCCCCCUACUUCCAAGUGGAGAAAAUCACUUGGUUAAAACAAACUCUUUUCCUGAACUGUCAAUUCUUUCUUUCUGUAGAACAAAUUGAAAGGAUGUUCAAGUUUGGUCCUAAUCUUAUUCCAGAAACACAAAUUUUUUACAAAUCAACCUAUUGUUUUGGACUUGUAAACUUGAAGCCGAUAGUCGCUGGUCAUGUUUUAGUAGUGAGUAAACGCCUAGUCACUCGAUUCAAUGACUUGACUGCUGAAGAAGCUGUAGACAUGAUGCUCAGCACUAAGAAAAUCAGUGCUAUUAUAGAAAAACAAUAUCAAGGUAGUUCUCUUACAUUUGCCAUGCAAGACGGACCUGAAGCUGGACAGACGGUGCCACAUGUCCAUAUGCACAUUAUUCCUAGGCGGAAAGGAGAUUAUGCUAAUAACGAUGACAUUUAUGAAGAUUUGGAUCAAAGAAAUAAGCAUAAAAAGGGCCCUGACAAUGAAGAAAGAACACCAAGGUCAGCUGCAGAAAUGAAAGAGGAAGCAGAUUUUUUACGUGUAUUUUUUAACAAUGAUGAAUAAACAAUACGAAAUGACUGUAGAAUAUCAAGAAAGACAUUAUG